GCAAGCUUCACAGCUGUGGCGGUGCAGCAUCACCUUUGACUUGAUCACACCCAAGCUUGCAUGGGCCAAGCAGCACUAGGCAGGGGUCUGCAGCACGCUUAAAACGUCAUGACGUAUGAUUCCAAUUCGACGGCGGCUACCAGAAAGGCAAACAGCAGUUCACAGGUCCAUGAUGGCAUACUUUGCAGCGCGUUGGUGUCCAUGCGCCGCCGUUCAAGCUUGUUCCGGGGGGGUUAGUUGUGGCUUGUACCUUAUUAGCCCUGACACAGGCAAGCAAGCAACCUUGGAAUGCCAUCAGAUCGGGUUACCUCAGCCUGGGUUGCCAUGACAUGUUCUGUAAUGUAAUGUCAUGUAAUGUAAUGCAAUGUAGCAGCCAAGCUAAAGCCAAGCUUGCCUCUAUUCAUGCUUCUGUGGCUUGACCUGCCUAUGACGCAACAUGGAAACCAGCGUUUCUUCCUUUUCCUUGGCCGGAAUGCAUGGAAAGCGCCAAGAUGACUGGCAAUAAAUAGUACAUGACUUCGCAGAAACCUUCUUGCCAUUUCCAUCUCCCUCUUCAUUUGCGCUUCAACUGCUUUCAGCUUAUUUCCGACUAGAAAUCUUGUCAUUCUUCACCCUACACCAACGCAAAAAACGCUUAUACAUAGGCUCUCUUCCCACGGCUCGACAACAACUCGUACAUAACAACCUACUCUCUGAGCUUCCGAGCUUUCAACACUAUUCACCAUGCCUUUCACAUCCAGCGACGUCGCCAAGAUCAUUGUUGCCAUCCUCCUGCCGCCCGUAGGAGUCUUCCUCGAGAGAGGCUGCGGUGCCGACUUCUUGAUCAACAUCCUGCUCACAAUCUUGGGUUACAUUCCCGGAAUCAUCCACGCUCUGUACAUCAUAUUGAAGUACUAGAGCACCUCCACCACGCUUCGUAUCCGCCAGCUCAGAUCCAUGACGCCGCGCUGCAUCCAGUGCCGUGCAUCAGCUGUCAGCUUCUAAUCUAAUCGAUUUGACUGGCAUCGUCUCUUUUAGAAUGGAUAUGCGCCUGUGCCGGAGUGCUUCAGUAAUGGUUGCCAGCUCACCACCUGGCUGGUUAUAGAUGUGGUAAUGACAGUCGACGGUCUUUUCUGAAUUUCCUUUGUUUUUCCCUCUUCCCUUUUUUUUUUUGUCGGCUGGAUGCAGGGGCGGCCUGUUUGCCGGGGGCAUCAGGUUUGGCUAUAAUAAUAUAUUGAUACCCGACGACCUCUUAAUCACAAAU